AUGUCAGAAAUCGCCACUGUGAAAUGCGAUUUACACCAUAUUUGUAAAGUUCCACAAGGAAUCGAAUACGGCAAGGGUAUCGGAAUACUUAAGUUUUUCGAAGGCAAAAACAUUUUCGUCACCGGUGGAACUGGGCUUCUUGGAAAAGUUCUUGUGGAGAAGAUUUUAAGGUCGACAUCGGUCGGUAAAAUCUACAUACUAGUGAAAGCGGAUGAUCAAGAAGCAGCCGUCGAUAGAAUAGCCAAAGAACUUAUAAACUCCGAGUUAUUCCGAUGUUUGAAAGAAAAACAUGGAAAAUAUUACCAAGCGUAUAUAAGGGAGACUCUGAUACCAAUUGUUGGCAAUAUUUGUGAGCCGAACCUCGGAAUGGACUUUGAUUCUGCGCAUGCAAUUAUGGAAGAUGUCAAUGUGAUCAUAGAAUCCGCCGCCAUUACAACCUUAAACGAAAGGUACGAUGUGUUACUUGAAGCCAAUGUCAAUAGCCCCCAACAAUUGAUGCGUUUUGCUAAGACGUGCAAGAACCUUGAGCUAUUUGUCCAUAUUUCAACCGCAUAUGUCAAUGGAGAAAGAGAAGGGAUUAUCUUGGAAAAGCCAUUGAUUAUGGGGGAGAAUAGAAGAAAUGACGACACAUGCAAUACAUCUCCAUUUCCUCGACUCGAUAUAACCGACGAAGUAAAUCUUUCGGUGUCGAGAAAACAAAUGGCUUCUUCAAACUAUGAUUUGACUAGGGAUAUGAAAAGUCUUGGAAUGGAGAGAGCAAAUUUGUAUGGAUGGUAUAAUACGUAUCACUUGACAAAGGCGAUGGCGGAAAUGGUAAUUAAUGAAACGAGAGGGGAUAUUCCGGUUGUCGUCAGUAGGCCAACUGUCAUAGAAAGUUGCUAUAAAGAACCUGUUCCUGGUUGGAUUCAAGGAAAUAGUACUAACGGAUUCAAGCGUGUGCCCAUCACUUUCUUAACAAAUGGAGUAAUGAUUCCGUUGGAUAUUGUCGUAAAUGGAACAAUUGCAGCGAUAGCAAAGCACGGUUAUAUUCAAAAGCCGGAGUUGAAUGUGUACCACAUGUCAUCUAGUGUCACGAACCCAUUACGAUACUCGGAAUUUUUCGAGUAUCUUUACGAAUAUUUCAGUUCGGAACCUUUGGUAGAAUCCGAAAGUUUAAUUAGGGUGAACUACUAUGAUGAUAUUGAAAAAAUUAAAUAUUUCGAUAAUUUCAACGAUUUCUCGAAAUAUACACGAGAAGAAAUAUCUCGACGUGCUGGACAAGGAAAUGUAGUAGGAACCGAGAAAGCAAAAAAGCAGUGCAGAGCAAAGAUCAUGUAUGCUGAGCACUUGUGCAAGAUGUAUGAAUUCUUGGGGCACUUCAAAGCAAGGUUCCAUGCUGGCAACACUCAGAAGUUAUUGUAUGAAAUGUCAAAGGAAGAGGUGGAUAAUUUUGACAUUGAUGUAUCAAAGAUAGAGUGGAGGAAGUAUUUUCAAGAAGUUCACAUCCCUGGUUUGAGAAAGCAUGUGCUUAACGACAGAAGUAUACAUGUCUAA